UACCUCGCACAAGCCGGGUUUGUUAUUGGGCUUAUCAAUACAGGGACAAAAUAGCGGGAACACAUGUCCAAAAGGGGGUUUCCCUAAGAAUCGCUCUAAACUAUAUCUAGUAUACCCUAGUGAUUCAAACUAUCAGAUCAACAGAUUUUACAGCAAAAAGCAACAGAGAAAGUUAAACGAUCCUUGUUAGGAUGGAUGAUAGGAUGGAUGAUAGUAUUGCCUCGCCGAAGUUCUUCUAUGUUUACCCCGAGUCUUGUGCUUCAAGUUUAUCGAGCAACACCGAUUUUUCGAUGGGGACUGCAAGCAAUUCAACGUCAACGAAUGAAUGGCACAACCCUUUCCAACACGCAGCCACUAAUUUUUUCCAACAAGAAACCGCUCCGAAAGCCGUGAAAACCGAACUUAAAAAAGUUAUCCAAGUAAGGAAAAUUGCUAAUGGAGAAGAAAUGCCUGAAAUUGAAUGGAAAAAACCUCCAACCCCACAGCCAAGACCACCAGAAAAACCAGAGGAUAUCCAACUAAGACGACAAAAAAACAAAAUUGCGGCCAAGAAAUGCCGAGAGAAGAAAAGAAUUGUUCGUGAAGAAUAUAAAAAGAAAAUAAAGAAACAAGAAGAAAUACAAUCGCGUUUAACAAAAGAAGUCGAGAAACUACGACAAGAGUUCUGGGAGCUAAAAAAUAACCUUCAGAACCAUUUGCAUCACUGUACGUUAAACACUGCUUCGACAAUGAAUACUUUAACCAGUUUGCAGCAACUUGCACAGCAGACUGACUUCAAUGCUAACGCGUUGUUCAAUGUAGACCGCUCUUUACCGCCCCAGUGAUUGUUAGGAAAAUUUACUCAUAACUACACAGAAUUUAUCAGUGCCUACGUACACCCUGGCGCUCUUUUUGAUGUUAUCAAAGGUUAGCGAAAGAGUAAAUUCUCAUGUUAUCUUCACUGGUGAAAAAAAAGUUCUCUCCAGUUUUGUUGAGAGCUUGUAAAUAUUUCACUGUGCAGGCUCGUUGUAGUCGCCUUUUGAAUGAGUAUUCAGCAGUUUUAUGCUGAUAAUGAUACAUGUUAUCUUACUGUGUAAGAAACUGGUCAAUCCUGUCUGGUAAUAGCUGGGUUGGCCAUCACUCAUUUUGCAGUUGUAUAACGAUAAAAAAUAAACGGGUCCAACCUGUCUGGUAAUAGCUGGUUGGCCAUCACUCAUUGAGCUGUUAGUAUGACGAUAGAAACUGGUCAAUCCUGGCUGGUAAUAGCUGGUUGGCCAUCACUUAUUGAGCACUUGUGUAACGGAUAGAAGCUGGUCAAACCGUCUGCAGGGAAUAGCUGGUUGGCUAUCACUCAUUGAACUUUUAGUAUAACGAUAGAAACUGGUCAAUCCUGGCUGGUAAUAGCUGGUUGGCCAUCACUUAUUGAGCACUUGUAUAACGGAUAGAAGCUGGUCAAACCGUCUGCAGGGUAAUAGCUGGUUGGCCGUCACUUUUGAUAACAACUAAUAUAACAGUUUUAAAAAAGAUAAUGUUAAACCCGACUUUGUUAGUCUUUAUUAAACUUAGGUGAAUAGUU